AUGUCGCUCUUUGGACAGCAAAAGCCUUCGCUGUUUGGGCAGACGCAGUCUGCUCAGACAGCCGCCCCAGCUCAAAAUACAGGAUUCGGCUUUGGCCAGUCGCAACAACAGCAACAAGGCAGCACAUUGGGCGCAUCGAUUCAACAACCACAAGCACAACAGAUGCCCACUUUAUCGCAAUCCCAAGCUCAACUUUCUAACUCUCUAUGGCAGCCUGGAAAGGAAACGCCCCACCAGAAGCCGAUUCUCGAGCAGAUGAAGCUCGUUACUGAAAAAUGGGAUCCUUCCAACCCUAACUGCUCCUUCAAAUAUUACUUUUACAACAAGGUCGACGAGAGCCACGUUCCUUACUACAAGCCUCAACCCCACGAAGACCCCCGAGAAUGGGAAGAAGCCCUGCAGAACAAGCCAGCCCCUGGCUUCAUGCCUGUGCUCUGCUCCGGGUACUCUGGUGUUGCCGACCGCCUUAAGACGCAGAAGCGCGCUGUUUCCGAUUUCAACACCCGCUUGCAUCAGAUCAAUGGCAGUCUGGAUGCCAUUCUUCAGCGACAUGAGCUUGAGACCGAGGUUCGAGCUGUUGCGGCUCGUAGACGACAAACAACCAUUAGCGAACGAUGCUUGGCGCUCGCUGCGCGAGUUCAAGUUCUUCGCAACCGCGGUUACGCCCUGAGCGGCGACGAAGACGACUUGAGCAGCCGACUACAGAACUUGGAGCGGGAGGUUCAAGAUCCUGCUGUUGGAGCGAGAGAAGAGGAGCUUUGGAGCAGUCUUAUCGUUCUGCGAGGAUACGCCGACCAGCUCAGCAAGGAGAUGGAUAAGCCAAGUGGCACUGAGGGAGAGACCAUUGAUCCGGAACGAGAAGCCAAGGCGAAGCGGGUGCUUGAGGAUUAUGAGAAGCAGAUCCAACACAUCAAGAAGGAGCUCGAAGCUCUAGCAGUUGAUUACUCAGAGUGGGAGAAGACCAGAAACCCGCACUCGAAAUAG